AUGCCUUGUUUCCUCUCUGUCGUCCGCAGCCGUUUCAUGGAGCUCCGCCAGGAGGAGCCAAGCUCGCAACAACGCAGCAAUUUUGUGCCUAAGAGUCCCAAUCCAUCCGCAUUAAUGCCGCUCCCGGGCGCCGGCAUCCAGCCCAUUUGCCCCCAGCUCCCAAAUGCUAACCAUGCGGAAACGGAGAGAAGCGCGAUUCAAGCUGGCAGGCAUGCAUUUUUCGCUACCAAAUUCAGCAGCCGGCCCCAUACCGCGGUGACGGCCAGGAUGAGUGAAGGUAAGUCAGCCACCCUUGGCUACACUUUUUUGCUUCUCUGGGCUCUCUUAAGCCCUCACCUACUAAUCCCACCCCCCAAAAAACAACAGUGCACCUGUCCAACCGGACCCGCCCAGUGA